AGCUGCAUUGUUGCUCACGCACCCUCUCCCCCUUCCGGCCGCCGCCCCGACGGUGCAUAGCCUCCAUUUACAUACUCCUUACGCGUCCACUGGAUGAGGAUCUUCUCUUGGACCUUUCUUUGCAGUCCGCUAUAUCGGGGAGCACCGCCUGCGCAGCCGUCUCUGGCAACGCUUGUCCUGAUAUACCAUCGCGCCCUUCCGCAAUCGAUUCCACUUCGACCGAUCCCAGGAUCAUCAUUGCUUGCAUUGGAACCGCAUUGUCGAUCGAGGUACGUCGGUAUGCGGCUCUUGAUGAGCCUCUAUUGCGUCCAUCUGCUCUCUAUUAUUCUUCAUUGACCUUGUGCUCCCCCCUUCGCUUGUUGCCUAGUGCCCAUAGCGCAUGCAACGACCAGAAGCGCCCGCUCAAUGAAGCCAUUGUACUGGAUUCCCUCGUCGGCGCUCGCGCUGCAUUGCUCGUAAUCAUCCCUGCAGUCUGGGCUCCCGGUCGUACCCCGUCGCCG